CUACAGAUGUAAAGAAGGAGCUUUUUUAUCCAGAAUUAUAAGGGAAACUCCCACAGGAAGUGGAGUCACGGCAGAGAUGGAGGUCCAUGCCGCCAAUCCUCCACCGCAUAUACUGGGUUAUACGAUCCGGAGUCGAACGCGCAUCUGGGUUUCCUAUAUAGUGCCCACUUGUCUGGGCCUCCUAGUUUACAUCGUCCAAACUGCCUCGGAUUUAGCUUUGAGCUACCAGCAUUUCAGCCAGAAGGAACCAGGAUUCGGAGCGGGCACCCUGGUCCUGGUGAUCCUUCCUCCCUUGAUCACCUUCCUCCUGGUUUUGGCCUCCAAGGAGCAGAGGGAUUGCGCCUGUUCGCAGCGGAACAAGUGCAUUGCCCUUGGCAUUGGACUGCUGAAGCUAUUGCUGUUCCCCUUUUUCGUGAUUUACAGGUUUUGUACGCGCUUAUUUUGGGCCAUCGAGGGUCUCUUCCACGACGAAGACGAUGUGGAGCGCAUGAAGUGCUUGGCCAAGGCCACAGAAACAUCCAAUAUCGAAUUGUAUCUCCUGAUACAAGCCUACGCUCAGGCAGCUCCACAGAUUAUUCUGCAGUUGUACUACAUGCUGGCACAGGAUAUAUUUCGGAACUAUGAAACCACUGCUGUUCAGGCCAUGUCCCUAGUUUUUUCCGCGAUUGAUCUGGCCGCCAUAACCACCAGUUACCACAGGAUCGAGAGCCAGAGGAGGGUGGGUCGCCACUAUCCUUGGGCCACGCCCCAACAGGUGGACACCCAUCGCUGCCAGUUGGAGCAGAAUGAGCGCCUCUGCUGCGAAGCGGAGCAAAAGAAAAGGGAGUCCGAGCGCACCAUAGCCAGCUUCCCGGAGUCGGACAAAAUCAUGGAGAACUUCCGGGCACGCAGGUCACUUCCCAAUUCAGGUGAAGCCACCCACGAGUUGCACAUUCGGGGAGAGGACGAGGUGGACAACGAUGGCUUGGAGCAUCUGGAGACGAGGGCAUUGCUGCACUCUGGACCCAAAGACAAUGCCACGGAUGAGGAGAAGAUGCAAGGUACUCGGCCUAAAUUGAAAGUGAGAUAUGAAGACCUGGGUGAUGUGAACACCAUUGAGGUUUUGGACAGCAUACCGGAAACUCCGGCGCCACCACCUCCUCCAAAAACAGCGCCACCGGAAUUGCCUGUUUUGAAAACCACCGAAGAUGACCCACCAACUCCUGAUUUACGAAGAACCAUGUCGGACAAUGAUCACCGCAGGAGUCGUCGGGUCACCAGACCUCUUUCACAGUUGGAAACCUUUAAGGACAUGCUGCUGGUUAACGCUCAGCUUUACAUCAAGGAGAAUGUCCCGCAUCCUCCAAAGUUGCUGAUGGGCCGGGUCAAGGAAGAGGAUCCUGAGGAGCGAACUAUUCUGAUUCCACAAUCCCCCAAAGCAUCUCCGCUGACUCCGAAGGAUGUGGUUGAUUUUUACUUCCCAAGACCCACAAAAAUAGUGAAUGGCAUUCAGCAGGAUGACUUUGCCGGUAGAACAGUGUCCUUCUUCGGAUGGAUUGCCUUUAUCACCAUGAGGAUGCUGUCUUUGUCCACGUUCUGUGUUUUCUACCCAAAGGCUUUCUUCAUCCUAGUUGGAGUUCAUUAUGCCCUGAUGUUGGCUUGUCUGGCCUUGGAAACCCGUUGUCGAGGGAGCUGGAGUCGCAAUCUAUUCCUUCUACUACUCGCCUACAUCUACAUCUUUGUUCUAAUGGAGUUUCGAGUGUGUUUUAAGAGCAUUCGAUGGUGGUACGGUGGUUAUCUGGUGCUCACUCUGGCGGAGAACAUCACCAUAUCAUCCAUUUGGUAUGCAAACGAGGAGUUUGAGUCCUGGUGGUUUGGGUUCAUUUGGGAGUGGAUCGUUUACAGUGGAGUCCUAUUUUUGGCCACCUUAAUUGUUUACUAUUGGAUACUCCGGCCCAAGGAAGUGUCACUCAUAGUGGAGGACGAUUCUCCAGCUGAUCAAGAGAACAGUCCAGAACAACAGGACGUUGCUUAGCAAUAACCCGGUAGUUUGUUAUAU